UGUUCUAAUUUGAAGAGGAGUGAGUGAUUUGGUCAGCGAGAGAGUGAGCGGCGGUGCGCAUUCCAAUGUAUGGGAUUCAAGGCCAAUCGCUGGAAAUCAAUGUUGUUGGCGGCAAGAACUUGAGGAACACGGAGUGGUUGUCUCGGCAGGAUCCAUACGUGAUUGUCGAGUAUGGAACGCAAAAGCAUAGAACAAAGACUGACACUGAUGGUGGGAAAAAUCCUUCUUUCAACGAUAAGUUCACGCUCUCAUUGAUAGAAGGCCUCCGUGAGCUUCAUGUCCAAGUCUGGAACAGCAAUACGCUCGCUAUGGAUGAUCUCAUCGGCACGGGAAGGGUGCAGCUCGAGAAAGUGAUCUCCUCGGGUUACGAUGACAAUGCCUGGCCACUGUCAUCACGAAGUGGAAAGCACGCUGGGGAGCUCCGAUUGAUCAUGCACUUCAGCCAAGCGCAGACUGGAUCCAAGGACAAAGCUCACAAAAACGAGAAGGGCCAUAUGGAAUCAGCGUAUCCUCCAGCCGGGGGCUAUCCUCCAGCGCCAUUUCCUGGAGGAUAUCCUCCCCCUCCUCCUCAUUCUGGAGGCUACCCUCCAGCUCCAGUUCCUGGAGGAUAUCCCCAAGCUCCAGGACAUGGCUAUCCUCCAGCUCCAGUUCCUGGGGGAUAUCCUCCUCCAGCUCCAGGAGGAGGACAUGGCUAUCCUCCAGCUCCAGGAGGCUAUCCUCCGGCAGGCUACAAUCCAUAUCCGCAAGGAUCGUCAAGCUCUCACCAAGAUCCUCAUCACAAGCCAGUAGCUCCUUACGGCAGUCCCGCUCCUCCGCACGGAUACCCGGUUGUUCCACCACCAUUUCCUCACCAAAAGCACGGAAGCUAUGGUCACACACCGGGUGGUGGACACGGCCAUUACUCGCACGGCAAACACAAAAAGCACAAGCACGCCAAGAUGAAAGUCUGGAAAGGCUUCAAGAAAGCUUUCAAGUGAUCAAAUCAUUUACAAGCUAAGCUUUCCGAGCUAUACCGAGCGCCACAAUCGCAUCAUGCAGCUGCUUCCACCGCUGCUCCAGCGUCCCAGUGUAUCCCACCGACAGCCUCACAAGCCCGGCUCCAACGCCGGCCUCGGCCCUCUCCGCCUCGUUCAGCUCGCUACUCGUGCUCGAGGACGAGCACGACAUGAGAGUCUCGUGGUACCCGAGGCUCACCGCCAUGAGCCCAAACCCGGUGAAGUUCUGCAAGUAGUGCAUGAACCGAUUGGCCCGCU